AUGCUGGCGCCAUUCUUCUUCCUCUCGGCCUACAACCACGUCAAUCACUACCCGCUGACAAAGGAACAUCUACCUUUCAUCAAGUGCCAGAACGACCACCUAGGUGAUGUCUAUGAGAGCAUCGACGAAGAACACUCACAGGAUGGAGAGAUUCGAGGUGGUACCUCGCAAGUCUACAUGGUCUGGAUACACCCUGAUCAUCACGAUUUCCAUCAAAACAACCGUCACAAACUGGACCCAGGCCGCGGUUUUGCAAUCAAAAAGCUGGAAGACGAAAACCGCGACGUGAACGACAAGAAAGGCAUUCUAAAGAUCACAGACUUUGGGCAGGCCGAGCUCCACUCGAAGACAAGCAAAACGUACCGUCGCAGCAAGGGAUUCGACACUUUGACGUACCGGUCCCCGGAGUGCGACACACCGCCGCAGCUCAUCCGGCAGUCCAGCGAUAUAUGGUCCCUGGGAUGCAUAUUGCUCGAGUUCAUGACCUGGAUGCUUGGGGGCGCAAAGUACCUGGACGACUUCAAGAGGAGCCGGUUGCUUCUUGACCAACACGUCAAUCCUAUCAAAACCGACAUCUUCUGGGAACGUGUGCCGCUCGGAAAGCUUGACCAUGUGGGCACUCGGUUGAAACCGGCCGUCUCAAAGCAUAUUGAGGAACUGCGUUCCCACCAAAAUUGCUCGCCGUAUGUUCAAGAUGUUCUCGAUCUCAUCGUGGACAUGCUUGUGAUUGAACCAAGCCAUAGUUAUGACAACCAGGCCCGGCGCAAGACCUGUGGAGAAGUUAUGGUUUGCCUGAAGAACCUCUCCAAGAAGUGCCAAGAACCUGAUUUUGGUGUUUUUUACGCCAUUGGUAAUAUCCCAAAGAAAUGA